AUGUACGCUGUUGAGCAGCAAGACAGGUCCCAUCCGAUCCCUCCUCCUCCGCCACCGCUUUCUAUGGAUCGCAUUCCUCCUACGUCGACUGCCUACCCGAACCCAGCUCCCGGCGGCGGCCCGCUGCAGCAGCGGUCGAACGACCAUCUCGCCCCGGUGUCGACCGUCCACGAUGGACGCAUCUGGUCCUUGCAUGUCGUCCAGCAGCCCAUCCGCGCGCGCAUGUGCGGGUUUGGCGAUAAGGACCGUCGACCGAUCACGCCACCUCCCUGCAUCCGGUUGAUCGUGCGGGAUGCCCAGACCGAAAAGGAGGUCGAUAUCAACGAAAUCGACACCUCGUUCUACGUCUUGACCGUCGAUCUAUGGAACGCCGAAGGGACAAGUGAAGUGAAUCUCGUCCGCCACUCGGCCACGUCGCCGUCCAUCUCGACGGCCACCUCUUCAUCCUACCCCCCGCCGCCUCAGAACAUCUCCCCGACCUAUCCGCCGUAUGGGCAGAAUCCGUACGGCCAGCAGCCGAUGGGGUAUGGGCCGGUAGGCCCCUACUAUGGCGGCAACCAGCCGAUGCCGUAUCAGAAUCCGUACGGGGGCAAUCCGCAGGGGCCCUACUACCCGCAGUAUUACGGGCAAUCGGGGCCUCUGCAGCAUGCCAGCAUGCCGGCGGGCCAGCAGCCCAUGUCGGCGCCGGGAGGGAUGUUCACGCGGAAUCUGAUCGGCAGUCUGAGUGCCAGUGCAUUCCGGCUGACGGAUCCGGACAACAAGAUUGGGGUGUGGUUUAUUCUGCAGGACCUGAGUGUGCGGACCGAGGGAACGUUCCGCCUCAAGAUGAACUUUGUCAACGUCGGGACCCAGUCUGAUUCCAGCAACGGGGGCCCGGUGUUGAACCAUGGCUCCGCGCCGGUGCUUGCGUCGGUCUUCUCAGAGCCAUUCCAAGUCUUCUCGGCCAAGAAGUUCCCUGGGGUGAUUGAAAGCACGCCGCUGAGCAAGUGCUUUGCGCUGCAGGGGAUCAAGAUCCCGAUCCGCAAGGACGGGGUCAAGGGGAGAGGACAAGGAGGCGAGGGGGACGACGAGUACGACUAG